GAAUCAUUUUAGCGACGUACCAGAAGUGGAUUUCCAUUUCGGAUGUGGGGAUUGGUGUUUUCGUGUCUUAAUGUGUAGUUAAACCCCAUUCCAUCUUGACAAGAAUGGCCGAGUCCACAGAGAUAUCUGAGAGCUACGAGGAGAUGUUUGCAAAUAGGUUUACUUCAGAGGAUGCGAAGUACCAGGAGUACCUGAGCCGUCCGGUGGACCCCCCACCCAUCGUGGAGGACUGGAGGGGUCGUGGAGGAGGAAGCCAAAGAGGCAGAGAUAACAGGUACCAGGAUCGCCGUGGCGGAGACCAUAGAGGCUGGGGAGGAGGAGAUAGAGGCUGGGGAGGAGGAGACCGUGGAGGAGGCCGGCCAGGAGAAUAUCGUGGGCAACAACAAUGGCAUGACAGAGACAGAGACAGGAACUGGGGGCAUGGGAGUGGCUAUCAGUCAGGGCAUUCAAGCUCCAACCAGGGAUACAAUUCUCAUCAUCAGAGACCUCAUUAUGACCAUGACUAAUUUAUACUAUAACCUCUCAAGUGUUCAUGGAGACAGUAUUUUGCAUAUUUGCAGUUUGCUCAAUUGCAUUUCGGUAUCGGAUGUGUUAAAGUGCUACCGUUAUUUCUUUGGUGGGAUUUUCACUGUGGCUGUGCCAUGAGUAUAGGUCGGAGCAGUUUGAGGCAAUGCUUGAAGUUAACAAUGCAUAGCAAAAGAUAUGUCUGUGGAAAAUGAAAUUUCUUCUUUGAACCUCCCUCUGUUUUUUAUUGUUGUGCACAGUAGCAAUUCUUUGUCUGUUCUGUUGCUACUUUCCAUCUUCUGUUGCAUUUUUGAGAGUCUUCAUGAUGACAAAAUGGCCGUUUUUAUUGUUAGGACAUGCAUUGUAAACAAGGCUGAAAAUUACUUUCUCUGAAUAUUUCAUGAUCUGUUGAUCUUGCGUGGGGAAAAAUUGAGGAAUUGUUUUGUUUUCAGCUUUUUUUGCCACCACAUUCUGGCAUGUUUUAAUUUUGGAUUGUUAUGGAUGAUACAAUGCAGUGUUGUAACAAAAAGUGUCAUCUGAACAUCAGUAAUGCACCUAUUUAGAUGAGUCUUUUUCAAAUUUCUCAAAUGUAAGCACACAGCCAUGAAAUUAACUGCUGUUAAUAAACAUGUAUUUUCAUAAGUAGGUUCUUGUACACUUGUCUUAUUAGCAUCGAUCAAUCUUAAGGGUCUGUAUCUGUAAAUACCAAGUAGACAGGAGGAAGAAUAAAAUACUUUCUUGUGUUAUUUUAGCAAUGGCACUGAUAACACAUAAAGAUAAUGUUCCAAUAAGAUGUGUGUGCAUGUGCACCCAUGUAUUUUGAAAGAAAUUGAUUAGUGUCAUCAAAACUACAGUAUACAUACGUUAGGGUUUUUAUCCCCACGUUC